GCUUUGGGCACGCUUGUUUUGGUUUACGUUGAUGGCAAGCGAGUGAACUUGUUUUUAUUACCAGUCGAAUGUUAGGGAAAGAGCAUCAAAUUAUUUUCAUACGAGAGAAGCGAAAUAUAUACGGAAGGAAGCUUCGAUUAAGCGUAAUACAACACACUGCAACAGAUUUGUGCUUUGAAUACAUAUUAAGUGAUUUGAGUGGAGCCAGUAAAAAUCAAGUACUCCUUACAACCGUAAUAGUGUUAGUACUACUCACCGAAUGUCAUUUUCAUCUUGAUAUUUGCUUCGUCGUCGCACUAUGGCUGGCAUUAAUCAGCCUUAUUUUUAAUUUACUAUGGAGUGUAACAUCUGAGGCUCUACUGGCUGUUGGUUCAUUUGGAUUACAACUCACAACCACAUAUAGAUGUGGCCAUGAGACGACACAUUUUAUUCCUUGGUGUGCUGUCGGAGAUAUUGUCAUCAACGAAGCUAUAACACUGCAAAGGGUCAUUUUUUAUCUUGCAAUUCUGCCAAAACCACUUAAGGACUCAGAGGUUUCUGAAAUAAUACCUCUUUUUCAAAAUACGAGACCACCACUUGAACUUCUGGAAUUUAUAUAUAAAAGUAUUCAGAAAAUAAUAUCAGAUUCUUAAGAACUCUAAAAUGAUUCGGAAGGACUUGCGUGUGUCGGGAA